UCAUGGCAACUGCCACCAGUGAGGUGCACCAUCCUGUAGAUCCUGGAAUUUCAAAGCUGCAGUUUGCUCCCUUCAGUAGUGCCUUGGAUGCAGGAUUCUGGCACGAACUAACACAGAAGAAACUCAAUGAGUACCGAUUGGAUGAGACCCCCAAAGUUAUCAAAGGAUACUACUACAACGGUGAUCCUUUGGGUUUGCCAGCUCGCUUGACAUUGGAGUUUAGUGCCUUUGAUAUGAAUGCUUCAAUACCGGCACGUUGCUGUCCUGCUUUUGGAACACUGUAUAAUACCAACACUUUUGAGACUUUCAAAUCCUGUGAUAAGAAAUCACUUCUGGAAAAAGAAGCAAAUGAGAUAUGGGAAUCAAUAAAAUCUGGAGCUGCUCUUGAAAACCCUAUGCUCUUGAACAGGUUCCUCCUGCUGACAUUCGCAGAUUUAAAAAAGUAUCAUUUCUAUUACUGGUUUUGCUACCCUGCUCUCUGCUUCCCUGAUGGAAUACAUAUAAUUCAGAAACCAGUGUGUCUUGGUGACAGAUUCUCAUUAAAUCAGAUGCAAGCACUUCAGAAAGCUUAUGAUGAACUUUGCCAGAAGGAGGGAGUUACAGCUUUGCCUUAUUUUUUCAUUAAGUAUCAUGACAAUUCUGUUGUGAUAUCUCUACUGAAAAAGUGGGAUGGUUUCUUCCAAGACCAAGAGGGAAAGGUGACGGUUGGAGUUUAUGAUCCAUGUAAUUUAUCCCACUAUCCAGGAUGGCCACUGAGAAAUUUCCUGAUCCUGGCAGCCCACAAAUGGGGUAGCAUUCUCCAGUCACUUGAAGUGCUCUGCUUCAGAGAUAGGACCAUGCAAGGAGUGAGAGACAUAACACACAGCAUUAUCUUUGAAAUAAAACUUCCAGGGAGAGCCCUUGGCCCAGAUUGUCCAAAAGCUGUUGGAUGGGAGAAAAACCAGAAGGGAGGUAUGGGUCCAAGGAUGGUGAAUCUCAGUGAAUGCAUGGAUCCAAAAAGGUUAGCAGAAUCAUCAGUGGAUCUUAAUUUGAAAUUGAUGUGCUGGCGGUUGGUGCCUACUCUUGAUUUGGAAAAAAUUGUAUCUGCCAAGUGUCUGCUGCUAGGAGCUGGUACUCUAGGUUGUAGUGUUGCAAGGACCUUGAUGGGUUGGGGAGUCAGGAAGAUUACGUUUGUGGACAAUGCAAAGAUCUCCUACUCCAACCCAGUACGACAGCCACUGUAUGAGUUUGAAGACUGUCUUAGCGGGGGGAAACCUAAGGCACUUGCAGCAGCAGACAGGCUACAGAAAAUCUUCCCAGGAGUGAGUUCAGAAGGCUAUAACAUGAGCAUCCCCAUGCCAGGUCACCCAGUGAAUUUUUCUGAAGUAACAAUGGCACAGGCUCAGAAGGAUGUGGCUAAACUUGAAGAGCUUAUUGAUGCUCAUGAUGUUGUUUUCCUACUAAUGGACACUAGAGAGAGUCGAUGGCUUCCUGCUGUCAUUGCAGCCAGCAAGAGGAAGUUGGUCAUCAAUGCUGCAUUGGGAUUUGACACAUUUGUUGUUAUGAGACAUGGACUAAAGAAACCAAAACAGCAAGAAUCUAGUGAUUCAUGUUUGAACAACGCCUCUGGUUCUUCUGAUCUUUUGGGAUCGUCACUCUUUUCAAAUAUCCCUGGCUAUAAACUGGGUUGCUACUUCUGCAAUGAUGUUGUGGCACCAGGGGAUUCCACCAGGGAUCGGACAUUGGAUCAGCAGUGCACAGUCAGUCGACCUGGAUUAGCCAUGGUAGCUGGAGCGCUUGCGGUAGAAUUAAUGGUUUCUGUUCUACAGCAUCCAGAAGGUGGCUAUGCUGUGGCCAGCAGUAGUGAUGAUAGAAUGAAUGAGCCGCCUACUUCUCUUGGACUUGUUCCUCAUCAGGUCCUUGACCAGUAUGAACGAGAAGGGUUUAAUUUCCUAGCUAAAGUUUUUAAUUCUUCACAUUCCUUCUUAGAAGACUUGACAGGUCUAACUUUAUUACACCAGGAGACACAGGCGGCUGAGGUAGGAGAUAGGAAAGGGCAGAAGACAAGCAGAAGUGCCAGAAGAAGAGGAACCUGGAAGAGAGCCCGGAAAGACAGCUGUAAAGAGACUGGCUUCCUGUUUGAGGCUUUAGGAGCAAUGGAUCAAGGAUACCCCAGUUGGGGAGGUUUCCCAUCAGAGUUCAUAGUCACUUUUGAAAGCAGCUUGCUUACUUUGGAUUGUUCACUCUGUGAAGAGAUCCCUGGUGAAGCUGGCUGGCACCCUCCGGGGACGCCGGGAGGGAGCAGGGGGUUUCCUCCUGCCCUUGGGAAAUGUGCGUUCCUCAGAGGUGGCCUCUCCACGGGCAGCCACGGCUCUGCUGAGGGAAUUACCCAAGAGCCACGGGAGCUGCGGCGGCUCCAUGUCCCGGUGGCGAGAUGGGAAGCCAAGGUGAUAUCGAUGACUGCUUGUGUGUCAGGAGGGUCAAGAGCCCGUGCUGAGGGUGUUGUUAAGACACCUGAGUGUGCUGUAAACUAUUUAAUGUCUCAGAGAAAACCUGAGAUUAGAGAAUUGGAGAAAGAAGCGGUGUCUGUGGCUUCAGAUCAAGGAUGCAGUGACUUGCUCUCCCCUUACCUUUUCUACAGAAAUGGGUGGUUAGUGACAGCGUCUCCCCAGGACAAUGGCUGGGCAGGAUUAGACUUGAAUGCACUCAGGAACUUCACUACCACCAAGAAGGUUUUAAGACUGAAGGUUGAGCACCAGUGGGAAGGCCAUGGACUGUGGUUAUAUUCCUGGUUUUGCCACACUUGUGGAGCACAGGCCCUGGCGGGAUCGAAACCGAGCACGGUGCUGUCUACAGACUCCCUUUGCUGCUUCGGGGGCUCCUCUUUUAGUUUUGGAGACACCUCUACUACAUUCGAUGUUGAAAUUCCUCUGAAGGCUGUUGCCUGGUUCACCAAACUUUCUCAAAAUCAGGUCAUUAGAGCACUUGUUUCUACGGCUGAACCGUCUCCUGUCAAAUGA